AUGGCUUUCUGGCGUCAAGUCGGCCAGCAAUUGUGCCGUGUGCCAAAGACUGCCACCUCCGACAUCUGUUUGACUCAAUCGCGGAGAUACCUGAGUUCCUCAACGAGGACUAUCGGAACCACAACACAGCCUCGGUCAACUUUGCCCGCACCCCGGACCCUACAAUCGUCAUGGAAAGGAUAUAGUGCAGCCUGUCGCUCUUUCUCUGUGACCGCACAAGCUGCGCAUGGCCAUGUCACGCCGCCGAAGCCCGGUGAAGAGAUCAACAUCACAUUCAUCGAUAAGGAUGGCAGUGAGAUCAAACUUCAGGUUGCCGAAGGCGACAACUUACUAGACAUCGCCCAGGCCAAUGAUCUCGAGAUGGAGGGUGCCUGCGGUGGAUCUUGUGCUUGCUCAACCUGCCAUGUAAUUGUGGAGGACCCCGACAUGUUUGACCAAAUGGAGGAGCCGUCGGAUGACGAGAACGACAUGCUGGAUCUGGCAUUCGGCCUGACUGAGACAUCCCGACUGGGCUGCCAGGUGAUCAUGACCAAGGAUAUGGAGGGUUUGGUCGUGCGACUGCCGACUAUGACACGAAACCUACAAGCAAGCGACUUCGAGUCGAAAUAA